AUGGAGACAGAACUUGUCUACUCAACUCCCUCCUCCCUCAACAACGGGAGUUUGAAGGGUCGCCUUGAGAGGGCGAUGCGGAACAACAAGCUCCUGCGAGGAAAGCUUUCGCGGGCAGAAGACAGUCUGCGCAGAGAACAGAAAGAGAAUCAAAAUCUGAAGUCAGAGCUCAAGAAAGCAAACUCGCAGAUCGAAGAACUCAAGAAAUCAACAAGAGUGCGAGACAAGCUCAAGUUGGCGCUGAGUGAGAGCGAGAACAUUCGAGAACGGCAGAAGAUGUACAUCGCAGAGCUCAAGGCUCAGCUGGAAAGAGCUAGGUCGAAGAAGAAGUGA